UCUGCCUCUCCCCUCCAGUUCGUCUUUAGUUUUUCAUCAAGAAGCAACAGGAUCAGAAAACUUUUUAAAUUCAUUUUAAUAAGAUCCUCUCCCCGGCCCCUGAGCUCAUGUCCCGCUGCGGGACGCUGCUGGCGCUGCUCCGGCGGCCGGAGCCGGUCGUCGUGGUGCACCAGCUGGCCGGGGCGCUGUUCGACACCGCCCUGCUGAUGGUGGUCAAGGACCGGUGUGCCAACGCCACGACGGCCGGCGGCAGCGUGUCCUCCUCCGGGGAUGACGAGCAGCAGAAAGCCAUGUCGGACUUCUACAUGAAGUACAACAUCAUCAUGAAGCUGGUGCCCAUCGUGCCGGCGCUGCUGCUGGCCCGGCUGGGGGACCGCGGCUGGAGGAAAGCCCCCGUGCUGUCGCCGCUGCUCGGCUACCUGCUGUCCCGCCUGGCGCUGCUCCUGGUCGUCGUGCUCCGCGCCCCGCUGGAGCUCAUGUUCGCCGGGGCGGCUCUCUACGGACUGACCGGCGGCUUCUGCUCCUUCUGGGCCGGGAUCCAGACGCUGGUGUCGCUGGGCUCCGCGGCCAGCCGCCGCUCCAAGGCGAUGAUGACGGUGGAGCUGCUGUACGGCCUGGCCGCCCUGCUGGGCAGUUUGGCGUCGGGUCAUCUCUUCCAGCUGCACAGCUCCGGCGUGGCCCGGGGAACCAUCCUGGUCGGCAUCAGCAUCGCGCUCUACCUCACCUGCCUGCUGCACAUCGCCUUCCUGCUGCAGGUGAAGCAGGUGUCUGACAGCGAGCAGGACGACGGCCGCGGCCUCAUCGCUGACGGGACGGCCGGUGUGAGCGUCGAGGCUCCGCGCGGGAACAACUGGCUCAACGUGGCUCUGCUGUUCGCCGGCGGCGUCCUGUACGACGUGGCGGUGGGCGGAGCCAUGCAGAUCCUGGUCAUCUUCGAGGUGAAGGAGCCGCUCAGCUGGAACGCCACUCAGGUGGGCUACGGGAACGCGGCGGGCUACGUCAUCUUCCUCACCAGCUUCUUCGGCGUCAUGCUGCUGUCCCGCUGGCUGAGCGACGUCUCGCUCGUCCUCCUCGGCAUGCUGUCCUUCGCCUCCGGCAUCUUCUUCAUGUCCUUCGUCACGACCACCAGCAUGUUUUAUCUGGCUCGCUCGCUCACGCUGUUCGCUCUCAUCCCCGUGCCCACCAUCCGCUCCCUGCUCUCCCAGCAGGUCCAGGGCUCCUCGUACGGUGUCACCCUCCUCUCUCUGCAGCUGGCCUUUAAGCUGGCCGGUCUGGCCUACACGCCGUCCUACACCAGGAUCUACCAGACGUCGCUGGACUGGUUUCCGGGCUUCGUCUUCAUGCUGUCCAGCAUCAUCACCGUCCUGGGAACCGUCCCCAUCAGUGUCCUCGGCUGCAGGUUACCUCAGCAGCGACGCUACCAGAGGAUCCAGGGAGACUGACUUCAUCAUCAUCAUCAUCAUCAUGAAGGCAACAGGACGAGACAGAGACGGGGAAGGAACUGAGAUGUGAAAAACAAGAAGAAGUGGCUUAAUUUCACUUCCUGUAAUCUGGAGAGACAGAGCUUCCUGUCUGCUGGAGGGACAGACGGAGGGACGG